AAUUGAUUAUAUUGUUUAAACUGCCCUGGAUCUGAUGCCAUCCGAUAAUCACAAAAUUGUAAUCAGAGCUGAUAAAACACCUGCAGGUCAACAUACAAGACGUUUUAAUGCACCAACUAUUGAUGAAGUUGCUAUCGUUGUAGUUGGAGAAAACUUGGAAUCCCGUGAUAUUGUUUUACGUCGUCGGAAUGAUCAAUUACAACGUAUAAAGGAAACACACCGCUCAUAUGAUGCACUGCUGCAAUAUCCCAUUAUAUUUUGGCAAGGUGAAGAUGGCUACGAUUUCUCAAUAAAAAUGAUAAAUCCCAUUGCAGGUUCUGAAACCAACAAAAAAGUCAGUUCAAUGAACUAUUAUUCAUACCGCCUAAUGAUUCGGGAAAAUGAAGAUAAUCACAUAUUGAAAUGUCGGCGAUUAUAUCACAAAUAUGUUGUUGACAUGUAUGUUAAAAUUGAAACGGAAAGAUUAACAUUCAUCAGGUUGAAUCAAACCAAACUCCGAUCUGAAGAGUAUAUUCACCUUCGAGAUGCGAUUAAUACUGAUGGAAAUGCACAGAAUGUCGGUCGGAUGACUAUUCUUCCAGCAACAUACAUCGGAAGCCCUCGGCAUAUGCACGAAUAUGCUCAAGAUGCCAUGUCGUAUGUUCGUCAUUAUGGUACAGCAGAUUUGUUCAUCACAUUUACAUGCAAUCCGCAAUGGAUAGAAAUCAAUCAGGAGUUAUUCUCUGGGCAAUCACCCAUUGAUCGUCAUGAUAUUACAGCCAGAGUCUUUAGACAAAAGUUGAAAUCUUUAAUGGAUUUCAUCGUAAAACAUAAUGUGUUUGGUGAGACACGCUGCUGGAUGUAUUCUGUGGAGUGGCAGAAACGAGGAUUGCCACAUGCACACAUUUUGAUUUGGUUGGUUGAAAAUAUAAGGCCAAAUGAAGUUGAUGCAGUGAUAUCAGCUGAAAUCCCUAAUGUACAAGUAGAUCCUGGAUUGCAUGAGGUAGUUAUCAAAAACAUGAUACAUGGUCCCUGUGGAACUCUUAAUCAAAAUUCACCGUGUAUGAUGGAUGGUAAAUGUUCAAAACGAUAUCCACGGACAUUAAUAUCGGAAACAAUUACUGGUAAUGACGGUUAUCCAUUGUAUCGUCGCAGAUCGACAGCAGACAAUGGAAAAUCAACAAUUGUCAAAUUAAAUCAACAAGAUAUUGAAAUAGAUAAUCGUUGGAUUGUUCCAUAUUCACCCAUUUUAUCAAAGACAUUCAAAGCACACAUCAACGUUGAAUCUUGCCAUUCAGUGAAAUCUAUUAAAUACAUUUGCAAAUAUGUAGCCAAAGGGAGUGAUAUGGCUGUGAUUGGAAUUGGUGCAGAGAAUUCCAAUGAUGAAGUUACCCAAUACCAAAUGGGCCGCUAUGUCAGUAGUAAUGAAGCAGUUUGGCGAAUAUUUUCUUUUCCUAUUCAUGAGAGACACCCUUCUGUUGUUCACUUAGCUGUGCAUUUAGAAAAUGGACAAAGAGUGUAUUUUACAGCACAGAACGCAGUACAAAGAGCUGCUCAGCCACCAUCUACUACAUUAACCAGUUUUUUUGAGACAUGCCAAAACGAUGAUUUCGCACAAACAUUGCUAUAUUCUGAAAUGCCAAAAUAUUAUACCUGGAAUCAAUCCUCAAGGAGAUUUAUACGACGGAAACAAGGAAAACCAGUUCCAGGAUAUACAGAUGUAUAUUCCACCGAUGCGAUUGGCCGGAUUUAUUCAGUACAUCCAAGCAAUGAUGAAUGUUUUUACUUACGACUGCUAUUAGUCAAUGUACGUGGCCCAACAUCAUUCCAACAGUUACGAACUGUUGAUGGUGAAUUGUGUGUAUCCUACAGAGAAGCCUGUCAACGUUUGCAAUUGCUUGAAAAUGACGCUCAUUGGGAUCAAACUCUCAAUGAUGCUGUAAUAUCAUCACACGCUCAUCAAAUACGAACAUUGUUUUCUAUAAUCAUAUCUACAUGCUUCCCAUCAAACCCAAUUGAUUUGUGGAUCAAGUACAAAGAUUAUAUGUGUGAUGAUAUUUUGUAUCAAAUACAGAAUAGAAUGGGAAAUCCAAAUAUACAAAUCAGUGAAGAAAUUUACAAUGAAGCAUUGAUUUCAAUUGAGGACAUGUGCUUGAUAAUGUCAAACAAACUAUUAAUUCAAUUAGGCCUGACCGCGCCCAAUCGUCCAAUGCAUGACGCUUUUAACCAAGAGUUGCAUCGAGAAAGACUGUAUGAUCUCAACGAUUUGAAAGAAUUAAUUCAAACAAAUCUUCCACUGUUAAAUGAACAACAGAAGUAUGUAUUUGAAACUCUUAUGAAAGUAACAAAUGAUGAAACUGGAGGGAUUUACUUCUUAGAUGCACCUGGUGGUACAGGAAAAACUUUUUGA